CUGAGUGCAACCCCGGGCCGGGGGAUGCGGCGGGCGCUGGCUGCCCAGCGAGUCAGAGAGUCGAGCUCCGCGGCUCACGUGCUGAGCGGGAGCUUAGGCAGAAAGCAGGAGGAGGAGGAGGAAGAGGAAGGCAGCCGCUCGGGAAGGCGCUGCGGAAAGCGGAGUUGCAGGGCCGGCGCAGAGCCGGUGCUCCAGGUCACGCGCGGUGCGCAGCGGAGACAAUAAAGUAGCGGUAGACAGCCCCCGAGCGCCCGAGGGAAGAGACGACAGAGCAGGCUUUGAUGAGGAAUCCAGAAGAAAGAAUGUGUGAAAGAAAAAGAUGACAUCUGUGCAUAGAAAACAAAAUCUGAAGAUUAUCUCAGUGAAAACAAAAGGAAGGCAAGAGGGAGGUAACACUCACUAGUUAAAGAUGACAGAAGGCAGGCACUGCCAGGUGCACCUCCUGGAUGACAGGAGACUGGAGCUGUUGGUUCAGCCCAAACUUUUGUCAAGAGAGUUGCUGGACCUAGUGGCUUCACAUUUCAACCUGAAAGAAAAGGAGUACUUUGGAAUAACGUAUAUAGAUGACACAGGUCAACAGAACUGGUUACAGUUAGAUCAUCGAGUUCUUGACCAUGAUUUGCCCAAGAAGCCAGGCCCAGCCACUCUGCACUUCGCUGUGAGGUUUUACAUUGAAAGCAUAUCGUUUUUAAAGGAUAAAACCACCAUGGAGCUGUUUUUCCUGAAUGCAAAGUCCUGUGUGUACAAGGGACAAAUCGAAGUAGACAGUGAAACCAUCUUCAAGUUAGCAGCACUUGUUUUACAGGAAGCCAAGGGGGAUUAUACCAGUGAUGAAAAUGCCAGGAAAGAUUUAAAGACCCUACCAGCCUUUCCAACCAAAACUCUUCAGGAACAUCCAUCCCUUGCUUAUUGUGAGGACAGAGUAAUUGAGCAUUACUUGAAAAUCAAAGGUCUGACUCGAGGUCAAGCAGUGGUCCAGUACAUGAAAAUAGUAGAAGCUCUACCAACUUACGGAGUCCAUUACUAUGCAGUAAAGGAUAAACAAGGAAUUCCUUGGUGGCUUGGAAUCAGCUAUAAAGGAAUCGGCCAGUAUGAUUUACAAGAUAAGGUGAAGCCUCGGAAAUUAUUCCAAUGGAAACAGCUGGAGAACUUAUAUUUCCGUGAGAAAAAAUUUGCUGUUGAAGUUCACGAUCCACGAAGAAUUUCUGUGUCAAGGAGAACCUUUGGGCAAAGUGGCCUAUUUGUGCAAACGUGGUAUGCAAACUCUUCUCUCAUCAAGUCCAUCUGGGUGAUGGCAAUUAGUCAGCACCAGUUUUACUUGGAUCGGAAGCAAAGCAAAGCAAAAAUUCCUUCAGCCCGGAGUUUAGACGAUAUUGCCAUGGAUCUAACAGAGACUGGAACACCGAGGGUCUCCAAGCUGGUGAGCCUGGAGGGGAAAAGUCACUUCAUCAUGGCGAGCAAUGGCAGUUUAAUCUCCUCAGGUUCUCAAGACUCAGAGGUUAGUGAGGAGCAAAAGAGAGAGAAAAUCCUUGAACUCAAGAAGAAGGAAAAGCUGUUGCAAGAAAAACUCCUGAAGAAAGUCGAAGAGCUUAAGAAGAUCUGUUUGCGGGAGGCCGAGCUCACUGGCAAAAUGCCAAAGGAGUAUCCACUGAACAUAGGGGAGAAACCUCCUCAGGUCAGAAGACGCGUAGGUACUGCAUUCAAAUUAGAUGACAACUUGCUGCCGAGUGAAGAGGAUCCUGCUUUGCAAGAACUGGAGAGCAAUUUCCUAAUACAGCAAAAGCUGGUUGAAGCUGCAAAAAAACUUGCCAGCGAGGCAGACCUUUGUAAAACCGUGAAGAAAAAACGAAAGCAAGAUUACACGGAUGCAGUGAAAAAGCUUCAGGAGAUUGAAAAUGCAAUAAAUGAAUACAGAAUUAGAUGUGGAAAGAAACCCAGCCAGAAAGCAACAGUUAUUUUACCAGAAGACAUAAUUCCAUCAGAGAGUAGCUCCUUGUCUGACACUACUACCUAUGAUGAUCCUAAUGACUCCUUCACUCUUGCUGGACAGCGAUCAAAUUCAGUUCCGCAUUCUCCAAGAAUUCUUCCCCCCAAGUCUCUUGGUAUUGAGCGAAUCCAUUUCAGAAAGUCGUCCGUCAGUGAACAGUUUGUGGAUACCAGGCAGUCCAGAGAAAUGCUAUCGACACACAGCAGCCCUUACAAAACCCUGGAGCGGCGGCCGCAGGGGGGCCGAAGUAUGCCCACCACGCCAGUUCUCACCCGGAACGCCUACAGCAGCAGCCACUUGGAACCCGAAUCUUCAUCUCAGCACCACCGCCAGCGGAGUGGAAGCCUCGAGUCCCAGAGCCACCUGCUUUCUGAGAUGGACAAUGAUAAGCCAUUUUUCUCCCUCUCCAAAUCCCAAAGAAGCAGCAGCACUGAAAUCCUUGACGACGGGUCUUCCUACACCAGCCAGUCGAGCACAGAAUAUUACUGUGUGACACCGAUUACCGGCCCAUAUUACACCACCCAGACUCUGGACACGCGUCCCAGGGGUCGGAGGAGGUCCAAGAAACAGAAUGUUUCUACUUCCAAUUCAGGAAGCAUGCCCAACCUUGCCCAAAAGGAUAGUUUGAGGAAUGGCGUCUACUCUAAGAGUCAGGAGCAACCCUCUUCCAGUUACUAUAUUGCCGGGUACCCGCCAUAUGGAGAGUGUGAUCUUUAUUACAGUGGUGGCUAUGUCUACGAAAAUGACACUGAAGGACAGUACAGUGUCAAUCCCUCCUACCGGGCCUCAGCCCACUAUGGAUACGACCGCCCAAGGGACUGCAGUAGGUCCUUUCAUGAAGAUGAGGUGGACCGCGUGCCCCAUAACCCUUAUGCAACACUCCGACUGCCGAGGAAGGCUGCUGCUAAAUCAGAGCACAUCACCAAAAACAUCCACAAGGCCUUAGUCGCAGAGCACCUGCGUGGCUGGUACCAGCGGGCCUCUGGGCAGAAGGACCAGGGGCACAGCCCACAGACUAGCUUCGACUCGGACAGGGGAUCACAGAGAUGCCUGGGGUUUGCUGGGCUGCAAGUACCCUGUUCUCCAAGCAGCCGAGCAUCUUCCUACUCUUCAGUGUCUUCCACAAAUACUUCUGGGAACUGGAGGACCCAGAUAACCAUAGGUCUAUCGGAAUACGAGACCCCAGCACAUUCCUCUUAUACCAGUUGCUAUGGCAAUGUCUAUAAUCCUCUGCCCUCUCCAAACAGACAGUACACGGGGACCAGUCAGCUGGACAGUACAGAUGGACACCAGUUGGAAGACAGCUUGGAGAGUAACGAGCAGAGGCUCUUCUGGCAUGAAGAUUCAAAGCCUGGAACAUUAGUCUGAACUGCAGUUGAACUUCCUGACCAAGCACUGCAUUCAACACUAGUGUGCCUUGCAAAAUGUGUUCAUCUUCCCAGAAGGCCGUUGGCUUUAGAAACCCAAAAGCAUUGAAGGUUGAAGAGAACGCUUACGUGGCCCUGGAAGUGAAUCCCCACACAAAGCAGUGCAAAGCCCCCGAAAGAUGACUCGCCUUUUAAUCUCCAGGCACUAACCUGGGAGAGCGAGGUCUGCCCCCACAUGGAACCAUUGCCAAGAGAGGAUCCAAUUGGAAGGCUCUGUCAGUAGCAAGCACUUUGUUAAAAGAGAAAAAAAGUUGUUGAAGGCAAACCUCAAAACUGUGAAAAGUGUGGUAAGUGUCUCCAACAGGAAAGAUGGAAAGGGGAAAUUUCAGAGCACAAUUCAGAAUGAGAGAAGGGAAACUGAAGCUCCUUAGUCACUGCUCGCCAUCACAAAGUUUGAAUUUGUGAGCUGACAAAGAAUAACAUGCUGUUUCUACACGGACAUGGACAAAUUAGACAGUAUUGGAAAAUUACUUGAAGAGAGAAGCUGGAUUUUCAUGAAGUUCUGAAUGAGUGUAAAUGUUUUUAGGAUAUUAUAAAGAGUGAUGUUUUUCAUAAGCACCAUACAGUGUGGGCUCUGGAAAGACUUAUUGCUGUAGCAUCCUGUAAUAUAACUUUAUGAUAGCAGUUUGGGGAAAAUGAAGCAGUCCACUGAAUAAUUGACAAACUCUGCUUGGAGAAUUUUCUAAGGUACAAUAUCAUUGAGCUCCUUUUUUCUUUCCACACCAAUUGCAUAACGAACUCUUAUUAUUCAGGUUGGUAACUCUCCAACCUGGCUGUCAUUUGAAAUGGCAGACUUGAUACGGAAAGUGUUUAUAAUCAUGAUGUUGAAAAAGUAUUUGAAGGUGAUAAAAAAAGAACCCCAAAACAACAAAAAUAGAAACUACAUCAUUUUAAAUGAAUUGUGUGCCUUAUAAUGGUGAACAUUAGAAAAUGAAGCAUUAUCUGGAUUCUACAGGUAGUUCUAAGUCACCAAGUGACAGAAACAAAAUCAGUCAUUUAAAAAAAGAAAUACUCCAAGCUGUAGUAGAUUUAAUUAUGAGGCUACAACUACCUCAUACUUUUCUUGGAAGAACUAAUUAGCUAUGGUUUUCUGUAGGAGUUUUUUGGAGAACAAAUGAUUUCCAUAUUCUAGAUUGAUUCUUUUUUGUCAUCUUUAUUCUGUUUCAAAAUUCCAUAAAAGGUGCUCCUUUCCUCCCUUUUAUACAGGUUUCUUGUUCAUAUUUGUGAAGAGACAUUCUGAACAACUUUUUUGGAACAUUUUCUAUCUAUAUUCCAAAGCAUGUAAUAUAUACAUAAGGAUGAUUUGUUAAACUGGUCCUUAGUCAUUUGUAUCAUUAGAAAUGAAGUUUGGAAAGAAAAAAAAAAAAAAAACUGGAAGAAAACACUUGCAAAAAAAAUAACUUAUUCUCUUUUGCAUAUUUGUAUAGCCUUCUAGAAACAGAAAUA